CACAAACAUGUCAAGCGAAAGCAGAAGACGCUACCCAGCCGGGCACAUCACAGCGCUGCUGACCGUCGACACCUGGCUGUCUGCCGGCUUUUGCAUGGUGAUUGCGGUGCCACUGUUCGGAGCCCUAUUCCUCCCUUUCGUCUUCUCGAUGCUUGGAGUGCGGACCGGAGUCGCCCCGUCGCUCUGCUGCGCUGCAUGGACCCUGCUCGUUCUGUUCCUGCCAUUUCUGUGCUCCUUCCUGCAAAAGCGCUUCUGGGACAACGUGAUAAGGGCUCGUGACGAGCGCCUCAAGGUCAUUGCGGAUCUGCUUUCUACGAUAAGAGUCGUCAAAAUGUAUGCCUGGGAAGACGCCCUUCAGGAGAACGUCCUCCGCUACAGAAACGUGGAACUCAAAUGGUUGUUCCGAGUGAAUAUUCUAGACGCCCUUCUGGACUGUGUCUACUCUUCCACUAGUUCAGUGCUCAUGAUCAUCCUCUUCUCUACCCUGUACGCUUUGGAACCAGACAUCGUGCUUACUCCAGCUUUGUCGUUCUCCAGCGUGUCGCUACUCUACAUAACUGAUCUCGCAAUGAACAGCAGCUCACAAGCACUAAGGAUUUUCAGCCUGUCCAAGCUUGCUCUGAAAAGAAUAGCGGACUUCUGUAUGGCCGAAGAGUGGAAGGAAGCAAAAUGUGACGUCAACAAUUAUGCUGCCACGAGUCAAGGUACCGUGCGUCUGCAGAAGUGCUCCUUCUCGUGGGUAAAGACUAGCCACAGUGGCUCUCUGGCCCAGAUGACCGAUAUAAACCUUUCGGUAGAGCCAGGGGCCUUGAUUGGUGUCGUUGGUUUUGUGGGCAGCGGCAAAUCAACUCUGCUCGCUGCUAUACUCGGAGACAUGCACCUAAUUAAGGGCGAUGUCACCUGCAGAGGCCGCAUAGCCUUUGCACCGCAACUACCAGUUCUGCACAAUAUGACAAUACGGGACAACAUCGUUUACGGAAAACCCAUGGACGUGGCCUUUUACGAAAGAGUUGUACAAAGCUGCCAACUAAUGAACGACUUCAACAGGCUGCAGUCAGGGGAUAUGACUGAAGCUGGAGAAAAGGGGACAAACCUGAGUGGCGGCCAAAAGCAGCGCAUCUCGAUUGCCCGGGCGGUGUACAGCCAGAGUGAUGUGUACCUGCUGGACGACCCGCUCAGCUCCCUCGACCCUGUCGUCGCCAGCCGCCUGUUUCGGGAGGUCAUCAGCAGUGACGGCUUACUGAGAAACAAGACGCGCAUAAUGGUCUGCAACCAGGGGCACUAUCUGAAGGAGAUGGACAAGCUUGUCUUGGUGCACGGAAAGCGAAUCAGAGUGUACGAGAAGCUGGAAGAUCUCAUCAGCGACCCCGAGUCGCCGCAGAAUUUUCGCGAAGCACUUGAGCAGGACACUUCACAGCAAGGCAACAAACGCGGCGUUGCAGAGGAAACGCUUGAAGAGAAUGACACAGAAGGAAGAAUAACUGAAGAGGAGCUGGGAAAAUCAACGAAGACGGAGUGGCAGCUGCUGGGCAGCCUGCUUCGCUUGGCGCAGUGGCCAGCUCCCAUCAGCGUCCUCAUGUUUAUAGGUUCUGCGGCCGCCUUCGGAAUGCAGCAGCUCUGGAUCAAGCGGUGGACAGACGCCUCCGCGAUUCGUGACUCUGCGGCUUCCUUGGAGUCGCAACCACCGUGGGUUCCCAUCCUCGUAGCCUUGUGUCUCGCAGACGUGACCUUUCGGAUUCUGGGGAGCGUACUGGUCGCCCUCACCGUGAAGUUCCUUUCACGGUCGCUUCACAACGACAUGCUGAGUCACUUGCUGCAGAGUCCCGUGUCCUUCUUCGAUUCAACACCGCGAGGCCGCGUUCUGAACCGCUUCUCCACCGACGUGGAACUUGUAGAGGCACGCUGCUUCAUCCCCGCCAAACAGACCAUCCAGAACACGCUCAUCAUGAUCGCCAAGGUGGCAAUCGUGGGAACACAGUCGCCCGUGGUCGUCGCCAUUACGCUUAUUGUAGCUCUAUUUGUCGCUUACACAAUGAGGGUGACAAUAAAGACAGCCAACUGCGCCCGCUACGCAGAGAGCCUGGCCAUGUCUCGCCUUCUGCAGCACGCUACAGAAACCGCGGACGCGCUGAGCACUGUGCGAGCAUACGGUGUGGUCGACAGGUUGCGCCGCCACUUCUGCCGCCUAGUGGACGAGGCCAACCGCGGAUUCAUCUGCUUCGUAAACGCGUCCCGCUUUUCACGAACGGUGACCGCUACCUUUGGCUUCGUUGUGGUCGUCUGCACCUUGGUAGCCAGCAUAGCAUUUGCUGGCUCUUUGGGACCCGACCCGAGCAGCCUCGGACUGGCACUGAGCAACGCUUGCGCGGUCCCGCUUUCGAUGAUGUCUCUGUGCAUGAUGUUGUUCAACGUACUUCAAAUGGCCGUCUCGUUUGAACGCUGUCUGGAGUACACAGAACUUCCAGCUGAGAGUGACGCUUCAGCCACCAAGAAGACAGAGCAGUCCCUGUGCAACUGGCCCAAGGAAGGAAAGAUCGAAUUCCAGAACUUUUCUGCGUCGUACAAGUCAGGUGUUCUGCCCAAUGUGCUCAACGCCAUCACAUUUCUCGUUAAGCCCAAGGAAAAGGUCGGAGUGGUGGGUCGUACCGGAGCGGGGAAGUCCUCACUGGUGCUCGCACUUCUCCGUAUGCUCAAGGCCUCAGAGGGUCGUGUCCUCAUUGAUGGCGUGGAUAUCGCCGACGUUCCCCUCCGCAAGCUGCGAAGGAGCAUCACCGUUAUCCCACAGGACCCAAGCAUGGUGAGGGGCACACUGCGAAUGAACCUGGAUCCUACGAAUUCCCACACAGACGGAGAAAUCUGGCAAGCGCUCGAGAAAGCACAUCUUACAAAAGUAGUCGCCGGUGACGUCAGGGGGCUACUUCUGGAGAUCACAGAUGGUGGCAGCAACCUUAGUGUGGGACAACGGCAGCUGGUGUGUCUCGCCAGAGCCCUCUUGCGUGGAUCCAAGAUUCUUUUGCUGGACGAGGCGACGUCGCAGAUGGACGGCGACACAGACCGCCUGAUCCAGGUGGCGCUGAGGGAGGCCUUUGCAGACUGCACGCUCCUCACCGUCGCUCACCGCAUUCAUACCGUCCUCGACUACGACAGAAUACUUGUGCUCGAAGAUGGAAUGGUUCGUGAGUUCGACUCCGUGCAAACGCUGCUUUCAGACACGUCUUCCGUCUUCUACAGCAUGGCUACCGAGUGCGGCAUUUACAGCGCUCAAAGCGAACCUGAUCUCAUCAGUACUUGUUUUUGACGGACUGAUUUCGUACCAGUUCUCCUUUCUUAAGUUCUGUAAUAAAGUUUGCCUUCGC